CUCGUGUGCUCCAGCAACGACCUGCCCCCACCUCUGCUUGCUACUGCCAUCUGACCCCGCUUGCUACUUCCACUACCCGUUGCAUGCCGGAUACUGCUGCUGCCCCAUCCACAACCGCCCCUGCUACAGGUAGCGCCGACCCCGGCGCCCGGCGCCACAGACCUAGGCGGCUUCCCCAGGACGGAAAGCGGGCUGAAGACCUUGGACCUCGUCCUGCGACCGGAGACGGCCCCGAAGGUCCCAUCAGCAGCAAUAGCAGAGGAGAAGGCGCUAGCAGGCCGCGUAGGCCUCGCGCCCCCAAAAUUCAAGACGCGCAUCCAGGUGAGCAGUCACGACCUCGUCGGGAUGGCCCAUCAGGCGGAAAGCAUCAAGAAAAGAAGGCACAAGGAGAUGCGGAUGUAGGCAAUGACACACCGAAAGGCGAAGGCUCUAACCGCCAACCGAGGCCCAAGGGUCGUGGUGGGAGACCGGGAGAGGGACAUCCGGGCGCGGCGCCCUUAAGCGGAACGAGCACUCCCAAACGCACCAAGGAGAAGGAUACGUUACUUGAAGGGACUCCAGCUUCCAGGAAUUUGCGCCAGCGUCGACGCAAGUUUGGCGGUGAGCUCACCGAUGGACGCAACGAGUCGGUCACGCAAGAUGCCCCUCCUACUGAGAAGUACCGCAGUACCGCACCCAAGCUCAAGGCCGACGACCUCACCUCGCGACUCACUGAGGAGCUCAGCACCCCGCCCUACCCCGACUGUCUCAUUUGCUUCGCACCGAUCACCCCCAUGCAGCCCACUUGGUCGUGUUCUCCCUCCCAUCCUACUUUGGCCGCAACGGACGACGAGGGUGCCUCGCCUGGUAAACCUCAGCCGGCGGACACAUCGGCACAGUGCUGCUGGAUGACGUUCCACCUCAAGUGCAUCAAGCCCUGGGCCGUUAAGAGCGUCAAGGAUGUCGAAGAGGCGUGGCGAGCGCGAGGCGAGGAACGGCAGGGAGACUGGCGGUGCCCUGGCUGCCAGUCGAAACGGAGCGCCAUCCCGAGCAGCUAUUGGUGCUUUUGCGGCUCUACUCCCGAUCCGAAGCCUCCGCGUCUCGCGACCCCUCACUCGUGCGCGAACCCGUGCACCCGUACACGCGUAUGCGGCCACCCCUGCUCGCUCAACUGCCACCCUGGUCCCUGCCCUCCUUGUCAGGUCACGACGUCGCACGCGUGCUACUGCGGCAAGGAGACGAUCUCGUUCAGGUGCUCGAAUCUCAGCCACGGGAGAGCGACCACAGAGCUAUCAUGUCACCAGUUCUGUGAGCGGAAGCUCAGCUGCGGGAACCACGUCUGUCAAGAGAUUUGCCACCCAGGCAAGUGCAGCCCGUGCCUCGUUCGAGAGACGGCGCGAUGCUACUGCGGGAAGGUCGAGAAAGAUUUGGGUUGUGGAGAGGGCGAGGACAAGGAGUGUGCGGUUGUCCUAGAUGGGCAAGAGGAAAAGUGGGUCGGGCGCUUUGCCUGUGAAGAGACAUGCGACAGACCUUUCGACUGUGGCAUCCACCACUGCAAGAAGUCAUGCCAUGUGCCUUCCCCGACCCCAGCACCUUGUCCCCGCUCGCCCAAGAUCGUCACGCAUUGUCCCUGCGGCAAGCACGCUCUGGCUCCCGAGUCCGCCCCCUUCUUCCCUCCAGGCGCUCUGCUCACACGCACGGCAUGUACCGAUCCCGUCCCCACCUGCGCGUCGACUUGCAUGAAGCCCCUCGAAGGGUGCGAGCACGUCUGUUCCGCGAAAUGCCACACCGGCCACUGCCCUCCAUGCUCCAUUCGGAUCGUCCGCCCCUGUCGAUGCGGCUCGACGACGCGCGAGGUGCUCUGCUCCGAAGACCAAGCCAUGGCCCGUGCGCGCGCCCGCGGCGAGAGCGGGCCCGAUUCGGAGAUCCUCUGCGAGCGCCCCUGCCACAUCCUGCGGGAGUGCGGCCGCCAUCAGUGCAACCGAAUUUGCUGUCCGCUAGCCGCGGUGCUAGCGAGUCUGGCGAAGGGCAAGGGCAAGAAGAAACCCGCGGACGCGCUGGUUGACCCCGAGGGCUGGCACCAGUGCGACCUGGUGUGCGGGAAGCCGCUGAGCUGCGGGAACCAUCAUUGCGCGGAACGCGACCACAAGGGGGCGUGCCCGCCCUGUCUGCGCAGUUCGUUCGACGAGAUGGUUUGCUACUGCGGUCGCACUGUUCUCGAGCCCCCGAUCCCCUGCGGCACGAGGAUGGCAUGUAUGUAUCCCUGUCCUCGCCCUCCGCCGUUGUGCGGACAUCCGAAGAUGCCGCACCUCUGCCACGAAGAUCCGACACCGUGUCCGCCCUGCGUGCAUCUCACCACUAAGCAGUGUGCCUGCGGGAAGAAAAUGGUCGACCACGUCAAAUGCUCGCAGGCGCAGGAGAAGGUGUCUUGCGGCGCCACGUGCGGGAAGCUGCUCCCUUGCGGUUUCCACCACUGCGAGCGUUCUUGCCAUGCGGACGCGUGCGGCGACUGCCAUGCUACUUGCGGCAAGCCUCGAAAACUCUGCUUACCCGCCCUCCACGCGUGCCAGCUUUCUUGCCAUGCUCCUGCCUCCUGCGACGAGUCUGAGCCGUGCCGCGCAAUCGUCACCAUCACCUGUCCUUGCGGCCGCAUCCGCCAACCCAUCCCCUGCGGCCGCUCCCUAUCAAACCCCGGCGGCCGCGAGAGUACCCAGCAGCUCAAGUGCUCGAACGAAUGCGCCAUCGCGAAGCGCAAUGCGCUUCUGGCAGAAGCGCUCGGUAUCAACCCGGACCGCGACAGCCGUGCCAACCAAGUCACGUACUCGGACGAGCUCGCGAGCUUCGCGCGCGCAAACGUCAAGUUCUGCGCGCUCGUCGAGAAGAGCUUCGCGGACUUCCUCGCGACGGACAAGAAGAGCCAGGUGCUGCCGCACAUGCCCGAGCAGAAGCGCAAGUUCGUGCACGACCUCGCGGCCGUGUACCGCAUGGACACCCAGAUGGUCGACCAGGAGCCGCACCGGAGCGUGCAGCUCAUCCGGCGCGUCGACUCGCGUGUACCCGCUCCGCUUUUGUCGGCGUCGGUCGGCGGCGCGUCUGGCCUGGGCAAGCUCGCGGACCUCCGCUCGGCUGGUGGCCUGCAGUCGCUGUCCCGCCCCAGUUUCUCUAGAGCGUCUCUGGCUCCCGUCUCGCAGCCCGCGCCAGGGACCUCGUCUGGCAGAGGAUGGACGUCCGUCGUUGCCCGUCCUCCUCAGUCCGCCAGUCCUGCGCCAAGCUCAUGGGGCACUCCGCCACGCACGAAGACUCCAGUGAGGCCCGCUCCGUCCCCUGGACCUAUCCGUACCGCCCCAAUCACUGCACCCGCGCUUGCACCCGUCGCAACACCUCUUAGCCCGCAGGACGUGCCCGACGACUGGGAAGACGUGGCAUAGCCCACCAAGGAUAUACCAUAUGCAUACAAUUAAGGUAUCAGAUUGUAAACAAGCAUUCAUGAAUGGAUAAUGUAUCGCAUGGAGAGGGAUCAUCAGCACGUAGCAAUGCAAUCAGCGUACUACUAGCAUGCAUAAGUUAUCUCAUUAGACUAGAACCCGCAGAUGUCACGUAGGCAUGUCGUGAAUAAGAGAAACAUGGAUUGUCCAUACCUUCCGCUAUCUCCGAUGAACAGGACUAUGCCGUCAUAGUUUGUGCUGAGAAUUUGAUCUUUGGACAUGAGAUAUAUUACAUUGUUGAGUUCUUCGUGCGCAAACCAGGCCAGCAACCUACGCGUCCGAGAUCUUGAUAAGCAACUUGCCAGUCGUCUUGCCCCCAGUGAGGUCUUUCUGCGACUGCUGCACGCCUUC